AUAGAUAUUAUAUUACUUAAAUAAGGGAAGCAUCCUAAGCUCUCAAUUUCAACAAACCGUGUUUUUUUUUCCUAUUUUAAUUUUGACUCCCAAUUUAUUCGUCCAUUACCCGAUAUUCCCCAUUCCCUGAAAAAGUGAGAAAAAGUUGAAAAUAUCAGAAGUCUUACGCAACUUAUCAAAGAAGCUCCGCCGAUUGGGAGUGCGCACGUUAGCAAUGGAGCUGAUGACUCAUUCGUCAACCUUCCUUCUCCCCAAUCCUUCCGCCGACAAUGGCCCCGCGCCGACAUACGUGCUUGUCGUACUCAACCGAAACCUCCCGCGCUUCACUCCGCUCCUAUGGAAGCACGCACAACUUCGCAUCUGCGCAGACGGUGGUGCCAACCGACUGUAUGAUGAAUUGCCGCUGUUAUUCCCCGACCAAGACGCCAUAGCUAUUCGUAAAAGGUACAAGCCAAAUUUAAUAAAAGGCGACUUGGAUUCAAUUAGAGAAGAAGUUUUGGGAUUCUACAAAGAUGUGGGAACCGAGGUAAUUGAUGCUUCGGAUGAUCAGGACACCACAGAUCUACAUAAAUGCAUUGCAUAUAUUCAAGAUUUACCGAAUCUGAAGAAUCAAAAUGUUUGUGUUCUUGUUGCCGGAGCACUCGGUGGGAGGUUUGACCACGAGAUUGGAAAUAUCAACGUCCUCUGCCGAUUCUCGAGCAUGCGGAUAAUUCUUCUAUCGGAUGAUUGCCUCAUUCAACUUCUUCCCAGUAGUCAUCAUCACGAAAUCCAUAUCCAGCACAACGUCGAGGGGCCCCACUGCGGUCUCAUCCCUAUUGGUGGACCUUCAACACGUAAUAAAACCACCGGCCUUGAGUGGAAUCUUUCUGAUACGGAGAUGCGAUUUGGCGGUCUUGUAAGUACAUCAAAUAUUGUUAAAGGUGAAAUAGUGACGGUGCAAUCUGAUUCCGACCUCCUUUGGACUAUAUCCAUCAGAAAGGAAUGAUCGAUCGCCUUUGGGUGGUAUUGGUUUCGUUAUAAACUACAUUACGAUUGAUAUUGUUAUACCUUUCAUUACUUGGAUAGUAGAUUACCGCGAGUUUUGCUGUAUUAGAUCCAUUUAUAUUUUAAAAUAUUUAUUUUGAAAUUUUAUUCUUUGGAUAAAAUAAUUUGUGUGCUGAAAGCUUCGCAACUGGAAUGUAACUCAAUACAAUGUAUACUUUUGUUUUUGAGAAAUUUGGUUUAUAUAUAUAUAUA